UCAGUUUUGCCACCUAUUCUGCUUCGCCGGUAACCAAAGAAACCGCUAAAAAAAAGUCAAAAACCAACUUAGGACUGCGCAAUAAACAGCAUGUUCCUGAAUGGUAACAAAACUCUCUCUUGAUUUCUGCUUCACUGUACUCUGGCCCUACCGGUCUCGCUAUAGAGAUUUUUAGACGGGGAUGUCUUGCUUUUCCCUGCGUGCGCUUACAACAAGCUAAUGCAUGCAAGGACAGGGAUAUUGGGAUACAUCCAUCACCGGUGGCUACUCCUGUUUCUCUAAAAGCAAAUAUACGCUACUACUUUGCCUUGCCGGUGCUUUAAAGAUGAAAAGAUAUAAGUAUGCAAAGGUAUUGCUGAACACCAUGAAUUCUCUGUUCCAAGAGCAAAUUCAAAAAGGAGCCUUAUUGAUUCUAUGAAGCUACUAUCCAUUCUUUCUUUCGCCCUUGCGGUAAUCAGUACCGCUCUCUCAACCGACUCUGUCGACCAAAAGAUCAAUUAUGUACAGAAUUACAACGGAAACUUGGCCAAUUUCACUUACAACGAAGGGUCUGGCACCUAUUCGGGUGAAUGGAACAAUCCCAGCGACUUUGUGAUCGGUCUGGGUUGGAGUACUGGCACUUACAAUCGAGUAAUAAAUUUCAACACCCAAUAUAAGUCUGACCAGAGUUCCUAUCUGGCUGUAUAUGGUUGGCUGAAUUCUCCCCUGACAGAAUAUUAUAUCGUCGAGAAUUUCAGUGCGGAUCCUUGUUCUAUCGGUAAUGCUCAGACGGUUGGCUAUGUGACGUCAGAUGGCUCUCAAUAUAAUAUUUGUAAACACACCCAAGUCAAUCAGCCAUCCAUUCAGGGUACUAAAACUUUUGGUCAAUUCUUCUCCGUUCGACAAGCUAAACGUAAUUCAGGUAAAGUUACAGUUGCAAAUCAUUUUACUGCUUGGAGAAAGUAUGGCUUUGCAAAUAAUUCUGCAAAUCCCGAUUUCAAUUAUCAAGUCUUUGCUACCGAAGCUUUCGCUGGCACAGGUUCGGUUGAUGCCAAAAUAAGUGACUGAUGGAGAGUGCAUCCAAAGAAUGCAACUCUGAAUAUUGGGUCGUGUGCGGG